AUGGCAACAGGAAGAAAAGGCUCCACCUCAAAGGCAGGCGGCGUGCGUUUCCCUGACGAUGAUGAGCCCCCGGGCUCUCCAACACGGAGAGAUGACCUGUCAAACCUCUCCACUCUCAUUGCUAUCCUAGAGAAGGAUGGCAGCUACUUGGUCAAGGCUGGUUUCCUGAAGAGCCACCACUGUUAUGAGAUUGUCUUCAUCGUCCCUGAUGUCCCCACACUGGGCAAAGAGCUCUCCUGUCUUUCUUCCUCCUCUCCAACUCGGAGGUCCUCAAGCCUCUGUGUCCAUCGUAUUACCUCCACAGUAGAGGGGGUAAAAGUAACAUGUGAGUACAAGACUCACCAGGAGGGGGUGCUGCAGGAGGAGAUCACUCUGCUAACUAGAGGGAGAAAGGACAGCAGUCUGAAAGUCAGACUCCAGGCCAGGGUGAUUGACCCUCAUCAUGGGACUCCCAUGCUGCAGGAGGGGGUGAGGUGCCUGGGUGCUCAGAAAGAUGCCCACACAAAGCGCAGCAGUGACCGUAAGAGGAUAUGAUGAAAAGAUCCACGCAGUUAAUGUAUAUGUAUAUCUCUCCAACAGUGUUAAUCAGUGACUGGGUCCAGAGGCCAAGGUAGCAAUUCAAAACUGCUGUAUU